AUGAAAAUUAAAAGCUUUACGCCUAGUUUGAUUAAUGAGCCACGUUCAUUGACUCCUCAGCCAUUACCGCCAAAGCCUUUUGUAUUAAUUGGUGGUCUCUCGAGAUACUCAUGUAAACAUAGUGUAAAUGCACCUGAGAUUAAAAAUCUUUGGAGUGAUCAAUCAAAUAUGCUUACCAUUUCUAGCAGGACUAGUUUGGACCAUGUUGCUGAUGCAUAUUUCAAUUCU